AUGAAAUGGGGAGAGACCCUCGAGGCUGAUCCGGAUAGCAGCCCCGUAAUUGCAGCAUAUCAGGUCAACGUGAUCAGAGGUGGAUUGGUUUUUAGCAUGCAUAGUCAUCAUUAUGCCAGCGACGUCAUGGGAUGGAAAAACUUCACUCACCAGCUGGCAGAUAACUGCUAUGCAAUCUACAACUCUACACCGUUUCCAUCGUGGGAUCUGGCAUGUAUCGACGCUAUGCGCUUCACCAAGGACCUGCCCGAAGAAGAUCUCAUAAAUGGCCCUCCAAAGGCUCAAAGACACCCCGACCACCCGGAACAGCAAGCCGUGCUAUUCCACUUGCCAACGAGCAAGGCAAAAGAGCUCAAGAGACGCGCUUUUCCCACGGAGCCAGGGUGGAUAUCUACGUAUGAUGCCACGUGCGCUUACAUCUGGCGUCUGAUGACCAAGGUUCGUGCCGAGUUUUAUAAACCUGCCGAUCUUGCUCAAAAGCUGUACUGGGGUGAAGCCGUGGACAUGAGGCCUCGUUUACACAAUCCUCCGGUUCCAGAGCGGAUGAUGCGUGCGAUAGUGGCCGGAGGCUUCUCCGACACAAACCCAGAGACUGCCCUCACUAUUGGAGACGUCGUCAAGGAUGCCCCAUUGUCGAACCUUGCAAAUUACAUUCGCUCGUUGACUGAGAGCUGCACCGAGAAGCACCUAGAGGCCCUGGUCGACCUCAUUGCGCCCAUCCGAGACAAGCGGUCCAUCAGCCUGCGCGUCGAUGCGCACCCGCCAAUGAGCAUGUUUGUGACGGACCACCGCGCUGGAGAUGUGAGCGGUUUUGAUUUUGGUUUUGCAAAGCCCAUCACCUAUCGCCAUUUAUGGGGCGAGGCCAUUACGGCGGGGUUGAUUUUGAUCUACGCGCCUCUCCGUCCAUCGCUUAAUCCCGAUGAAGGUUGCAUGUUUACAAUCACAAUGGAAAAGGAACUGAUACCAAAACUAAAGGAGGAUCCCGAGUGGAACUCGUUCUUUGAGUAUCGCGGAGUAGAUUAG